GCGGAGGGGCGCGGGCGGCAGGGGAGCGGCGGGGCCCCGCGCAGCUGGAGCCCCUCGAGGCGCGCACCUGGGGCCCGAGCGGGAGCCUCGCGUCGCGCGGCCGGGCCGGGGAGGGGGCGGCGGCGGCACCGCCGGACCGAGGGGGCGGGGUCGGUCCUGGGCGAUUGGCGGAGCCGAGGGCCCCGGGGCGCCGGGGACCGAGCAUGGGACGGCGCGCCUGAGGGGACAGCGGGAGCACGCGGCGGGGGACCCCGCCAGGGACGGCGAGGAGGGGACGCGAGCGGGAGGAGGAUGCAGCUGACCCGCUGCUGCUUCGUGUUCCUGGUGCAGGGCAGCCUCUACCUGGUCAUCUGUGGCCAGGACGACGGUCCCCAUGGCUCCGAGGAGCCUGAGCAUGAUGACCAUGAGAGCCAGCCCCGGCCCCGGGUCCCUCGGAAGCGGGGCCACAUCUCGCCAAAGUCCCGUCCCCUGGCCAACGCCACUCUGCUAGGGCUGCUGGCUCCACCUGGGUCCGAAGCUUGGGGUGUCCUCGGGCAGCCCCCCAACCGCCCGAACCACAGCCCCCCACCUUCGGCCAAGGUGAAGAAAAUUUUUGGCUGGGGCGACUUCUACUCCAACAUCAAGACGGUGGCCCUGAACCUGCUGGUCACAGGGAAGAUCGUGGACCACGGCAACGGGACCUUCAGCGUCCACUUCCGCCACAACGCCACGGGCCAGGGCAACAUCUCCAUCAGCCUGGUGCCGCCCAGCAAAGCCGUCGAAUUCCACCAGGAGCAGCAGAUCUUCAUUGAAGCCAAGGCCUCCAAAAUCUUCAACUGCCGCAUGGAGUGGGAGAAGGUGGAGCGGGGCCGCCGGACCUCGCUGUGCACUCACGACCCAGCCAAGGUCUGCUCCCGUGACCACUCCCAGAGCUCGGCCACCUGGAGCUGCUCGCAGCCCUUCAAGGUCGUCUGCGUCUACAUCGCCUUCUACAGCACGGACUAUCGGCUGGUCCAGAAGGUGUGCCCAGACUACAACUACCACAGCGACACCCCCUACUACCCUUCGGGCUGACCCCACCCAGGCGGGUGCCAUCGCCUGGACACCCGGCAGGGAGGGGGUGGGAGGGCGCCAGGCAGGGAGAUGCCAGGUGGGCUGAGCCUCAGUGGCAGAGCAGGGGCAGAGUCCCAGCUGGCCUCAGCCCGAGGCUGAGCAGCCCCUAGAAAGUAGGAGCCCUGGGUGGAAGACAGGGUUCUCCCAGCCUCCUCCUGGAGUCGCCCUGGGCAGGCAGAUCAUGGUGGCCCCAGGUCAAGUCCCGGAGGAGACCCUGAACCCUUGGCUCCCUACCAGCCCUCCUGAGCGCAGAGGGGGUUUCAGGAGUCAGCAUAGGGUCACGGCUGAGACAGGGCCUCCCAGGGGACCGCGGUGGGCAGCCCCGAGCCCCUUUCCUGCCCCACACUCGUCAUGAGGUGACAUGCUGACCCUUGAGGUCUUUGUUGUGACAAAUUGUCUAUCGGUCUCCAGCCAGGCCACCCCUUCCCACAACCCUCCCUCCCGCUGGCAUUUCUCCCUGCCCUUUUGCUACCACAUCUGUCCUUAGGCCAAGACAGGACAAUGCUGGUCCUCCUAGCACCAAGGCCACGGGUGGACGCCCACCCAGACGCCAUGCAUCCCUCUGCUACCACACCCCCUGCUGAGAGUGGUCCCUCUGUAGUGUGCCUGCCUGUCCGACGGGGGUCCUCCCUCCCUGUCCAGGGGCCACGGAGCUGCCCCGUGAGAUGGCUGGGUCCACUCCCUCGUGUCUGUCUGUGGGUGGGGGAGGGGCGGGAAGUCUUGUGCAGCCACCUGACUGUCCACUUCUGUGUGCAGAAUCUUGUCCUUGGAGCAGGGAAUAAAGCUUUGCCCAGGCCUCA